AUGUCAGCGGAACAAGACGUCAAAGGCGAACUGAGGAUCGGAUCCUCUGUCGCAGCUGCUGAAGAAAGGUUCGCAUCUGGUGGGACGGAUCCGAUGAAGAGCCCAGAAGGACUUGCGUCUACGGUGCAAUCUCCAAACACGUCCGGAAGCGCUUCUCCUGUCUCGCAAGAUGUGGAGAAGCAAAGUCACGUAUUCAACGAGCAGACCAACUAUCUCCCGCCAAGAAAAUUGAUUCCCGUGCGUAGCUAGGAUCGUCGACUCUUUAGUCUCGAGGAGCUCAACUCGGCUGAUCCCGAUACAUCUUUUGCCCCCCGUCCUGCUACCUGCUCGCCAGAUCUUCUUGGCGUUGGCAGGGAUCGACUUUGUGGCUUUGAUGGAUCAGACCACACUCAGCGUUGCGCUACCAAUCAUAGCUUCCGAUUUCAACGCGGGUGCACAAUCCUCUUUUGUCAGCUCUGCAUAUUUCAUCAGCAGGUGAGUUUUCACUUCAGACCUAGAUCUGUAAAGCCGAUUCGGUUCGUGUUUUGUUUGCGUCCUUGGCUGAGUGUUUUGCUUCUGGGUCUCGCUGGCUAUAGUACGGCUUGUCAGCUCUUGUACGGCAGAGUAAGCGACAUAACGGGUAGAAAGGCGCUCUUGAUGGCUGGUCUUGCCGUCUUCUUCCUCGGAUCCUUGGCAUCUAGUCUGGCCCCCGAUAUCAUCACACUCAGCGUGUUCAGAGCCAUAACAGGUGUGGGCGGGGGCGGAUUGAUGACCCUGGCACAGAUCAUCGUGAGUCAUCUCUCGUGAGCUUGAAUAGCAUGCUGAGCGGUUGAAUGGAGUCGCUGACGCCGCAUGGUAUCAUGACCGUCAGGUGUCAGACGUCGUGUCUUUGAGGCAACGCGGCAAGUAUCAGGGCAUUCUUGGAGCGUGAGUCAACAGAACGCAAAUGACUUUACGCCUGUAGACCGUAUAGGCGGCCUCAAAAGUGUUUGGCCCGCAGACUGACGUCACACACCUUUCUGAUGGCUUCGUAGAGUCGUUGCAUUGUCUAACGGAGUUGGUCCAGUGAUAGGAGGAGCGCUAGCCUCCAACUCGUCAUGGCGAAACAUCUUCAGGUUGAUGCUCCCCUGUUCCUUCGUCGGUGCAGUCGCAGCGUGGAUCUGGAUGCCUUUGAAACCAGUGACGGGAAAUUGGCGCAAGAAAUUCGUAGCCAUAGACUGGCUCGGAGCGCUUCUGAGUCUCGCAGCCGCGACCUUGGUGGUUCUCGGUCUGACUUGGGCAAGCGAUUACGAUUGGGUCAGCGUGCACGUGCUCGUGCCCCUUCUGAUAGGUGUCGCAACAGCAAUCGUCUUUUGUCUCUGGCAGUACUGGGGCGAUAAACCUUCGAGACCAGCCUUGAUGCCCAUGCAGAUAUUCAAAUCUAGCAUCGUUUGCGGAGCUUGCAUCACUCAAACCAUCAACGGUUGGCUCUUUGUGACCCAAGUCUACUUCAUUCCGCAGUUCUACCAACUUGCUUACGGCUACACACCCACGGUCGCCGGCGCUUUGAUCUUGCCUCUGACCGUCGUCCAGACCGUAGCUUCGACGCUUUCUGGAUUAUUGAUCACCUGGACAGGUCGCUAUCGAGAGAUUCUGCUGCUGGGUUGGGCCAUGUGGUCGAUCGGGCUGGGUCUAUUCAGCACGCUGGACGAGUCUUCCAAUCUAGGCAAACAAGUCGGCUUUGGACUCUUGGCAGGUGUAGGAGUGGGAGCAACGCUUCAACCGAGCCUGAUAGCCAUUCAAGGUGCCGUUGACCGAAAACAAAUGGCUGCUGUGACUGCUACGAGAAUGUUUGUGCGGAAUUUGGGAGGUGCUCUAGGUCUUGCGCUCGCUGGAACCAUCGUCAACAAUAGCGCUUCAUCCUUCUUAUCACCUUUGCCCGGUUGGGACGAUGAAAGGAUUCGACAAGCGCUCAACAAUCCUUCCACUUUUCUCAACGAUGGCACCACAGCCUCAUCUGCUGCUGCUUCAGCUCUCAACAGCAACGACAUUGCAGCCCUUAGACAAGGUUAUCGAAAAGGUUUCAAAAACGUCUUUAUACUCCUCGCAAGUCUGGGCGCUUUCAGCUUCUUCGUCGCCUUGUUCUUGAUGAAGCAAAAGACGAUCGAUAGGGAGGACGAUGCUGCACUGCGAAAACAGGCCGAGCAAUCGUUGGAGAAGAAACGGCGAUCCAGUCAAACGACACCCCAUGCUCCGCCGUCUACAGAUGAAGCAAGCGAGGCUCGAGGGCAACCGGGCAGCAAAAAUGUUUCUGCUCAUCAAGAAGCACCAACUCCGAACCGCACAGACCAGUCUCGACCCCCUUCAUCUGUCACGAUCUACACGACUAGGCAAUCUUUAGAAGGUAGAAUUCCCAAAUGA